AAUAUUCUCUCUCUCCAAUAAACACAUAAACAUUGUCAAAGCAUAAAUAAAGACUCCUCUCCUAUUAUUUGUCAAACUUCCCUACUUCUCUUUCUAAUUCUUUGUCCAUUUCUACUUCUUCUCCAUCUUCAGCCAUGUCUGAUCAAGACCAACAAAGAGAAAUCUUCUACCAUGAUCCAUUUAAUGAUGAUCAACGAACUAGUGAGACUCUUUUUUCAUUCUUUGGCCCUAAUUCCACCAUUAGAGAUGAUUCUUCACCACCAAAUAAUCAAAGAUUUCAUGACUACAUGGGUUUAACACACUUCUUAACUGGAUCUACCGACUAUAACACACCUGCAACCAGCUUUGGUUACUCAUCUUCUUCAUCACAACUACUUUUCGCUCCUGAAGGUGAUCAAAAGCCAGUGAUGGAUACCGGAAACUUGCUUGGUGUGACUGAGACUACUCCCUUUACACCCAACUCUUCUUCGGUUCGUUCAUCGUCUACUGAGGCUGCUGAGGCUGCUGAAGAUGAGCAUGAGCUUCAAGAAGGUAAGAAGGAGACACAGUCGAAAGACGUAUUGGAAAAUGAAGGAGACGGCUCUAAGAAAGUGAUUAAGCAAAAGAAGAAAGAUGAAAAGAAGAAAAGAGAGCCACGGUUCGCCUUUAUGACAAAGAGUGAUAUUGAUCAUCUUGAAGACGGAUAUCGAUGGAGGAAAUAUGGACAGAAAGCUGUCAAGAAUAGCCCUUAUCCCAGAAGCUACUAUCGAUGCACAACUCAAAAGUGCACAGUGAAGAAACGUGUGGAAAGAUCAUAUCAAGAUCCAUCAACUGUGAUAACCACUUAUGAAGGACAACACAACCACCACUUGCCAGCAACACUUAGAGGAAAUGUUGGUGGUGGAAUGUUGUACCCACCAUCAAUGAUGGCUGCACAAGGUGGAUCAAGCUUUCCUCAAGAGUUUCUUGCUCAGAUACCUAAUGGUUUCUAUAACUUCAGUGGCAGCGGUAGCCGCGGUGGCAGCGGUGGUUUGAGCUACCAGCAAAGCACCCUAACCCCAAUUCAACAGCUUCAGAAUCCUGAUUAUGGCCUUUUACAAGAUAUGGUCCCAUCCAUGACUUUUAAACAAGAGCCCUGAACUUAACCAGCCAUCCCCCCCCCCCACCCCCCCCCACCCCCUCUAGGUGGGGGAUCCCUACCGACCUUGAUACAACCUCUGACAUUUUGUUGACUUUUACAAUUCUAUUCAUGGUAGGGUGUUGUUUUUGCAUCAUACAGAGAAACCCUACUUGCUUAAGUUAUGUAAUUACACACUUAGUGCAUCUUCUAUAGACUUUAAUUAUUUCUUGGUUGAUUAUA